CUUUACAAACUUCCCUAUAGUUAUGCAAAUCACAUUUUGGGGUUCUCCCUUCCCCAUCACGGAGUGUAGAUCGUAUAGAGACGCAUGGAUAUUCAACCGAUAACCCUUCGUACAAAUUUUGAAAGCUUCUUUAGAUUUCGUUCUGUUGCUCUGUCGUAAUAUCACGUUAUCAACUCAUUGCCAUAACCAUGCCAACGGUACGUACUUUCACAAGCGUUUCAAGAUCGGAUUUGCCCAAUGACUUUAUGGUUAAUUUCAUAAAUCAGCUUGGGAAAAGCUUAAACCGUGAUCCAGAGAGCGUUACGUUGCACAUGUUCUGCGACCAGCUGCUAUGUCGGGGUACUACCAAUGACCCAAUGUGCUAUGUUGAGAUCUUCAAUACUUGCGGACAUGGUGAACCAGAUGAGAUACGUCAGAAGGUGAUUGGGAUCAGUGACUUCCUUAAGACUUCACUUAAGAUCACUGAUGGCGAGAUGGUUCGGAUCUUAUUUCACGUCAUGCCUCCUCAUCACGUCGGAAUUGGAACUGGGAAGAUCUUAACUGACUUUAUGAAAAAGUGACAACACCAAAGAUUCUCGAAGAUUUAACUUACUACAACUGAAUGCUGCACGAAUGAUGACAACGGCUAAACACUCUAAAUAUAAUCGAAAAUUUAGGUUUACUUGGAGCUGUCAACCUUUCCAUGAGGCAAAGUGACUGAAUGUUCGCGAAAUAGAACCAAUUGACACUUGUGUUUCAAUAAGAAUAAAAGUUGAUACCUUCAUUAAAUGCAAUUUAGAACUCCUAAUAAAGUGAAUAAUUUAUCUAUACGACUCUUACUUACAUCGAACAUUUAGAUUUCACGGACUAAGCUGACCAUUCUAAGGUGUUUAAUUGUUUAUGAAUGAUAUGCACCAAAGAUUUUUCUGAAAUUUUGUUGUGGUGGAAAUAUGGCGUAACGUAUAAACACAUUAAUUAUUAAAGCUAUACUAGCUAA